UUCGUUCCCCCUAUAAUGGCCCCCCAAAAAAAUGUGGCAUGGAAUAUAAUCUAGAUUAUGUAGAAUGAACUUGACUAGGUAUUGAAGCUUUUGAGUAUUUUUUUGGAUAAAAUUUUUGAAUUUGUAAUAUUACUGGUCAAGGCAGAUUGUGAUCCUCAUCAUUCCAAAGUUGUAAUGGAAAUUCUAAAUUAAAAGUAGUUAUUAAUUUUUAUGAUUGUUCCACAAUCAUUAGAUGAUAUAAUAGAGAGGAGUAUAAUGCUUGGGACCCCAUUAGGGGAGACCCCCAAUGGGCGGUCAUUAGCCAAUUUUUUUUUUUCUUUUCCAAUCACUAACAUUCACGUGUGUGUAAAGUAGUGGGGGUCUGUAUCAUUAUUGAAGAGAGGAUCUCAGUCCGGUGAGAGCCUAUAAAAUUAUGGUGCCCAUCCUUUUUCUCUGUUCUAUGUACAUUUUUAUACAACUUGUUUGUACACGUAAUUAGGAUUGUACAAAAUACCGUCCAAUCUAUUAAAAUCACACUAAUCUAUCCACUAAUCUCAAAUUAAACUUUAAAAUUUAUAAUUCGCUUUCGAAACCACUCCGCUCCGCUAUAAUUAAUACAUAUAUUUUUUUUAAUAUCUAAUGAAAUAUCAAAGUAAAAAUGAGUGUGAGAGAGAUUUAAGAUGUGAAAUUUGUUGCAAAUUAAUAGUUAUAUAUAUGAAAAAUAUUAUAUAAAUUAGUGUUAUAUAUUAUGCAAAUUUGUAUUAUAUUGUAUGUAAAUACUUGAUAAUUGUUUAAAAAUAUUCUUCAAUUAACUAGCAAAUUGAAACCGUCCAAACCACGGUUUGAUUAUUUGUCAAUGCACAUUUAAUUUAUAAUCUUACUCUCAAACUGCUUGAACCGCACCAUACACACCUUAAAACUAAACCAAUCAAUUGUGAACAGUGUGUACAAAACUCUUAAGAACAAAUCUGAACCAUCCAUUGUGUCCUCUAGUCACGUAUAUUAAUCAGUAUCAUGUAUCAUCUCUUCAAAUACUAACAAACACAAUAGAUUACAAUAACAUUACUACAACAUCAAAGCACUGAAUCUGGUGAGAAAUCCAACUGAGAAACAAAACGACAUUCACAAACUGACCAUUUCUAUGCCGGCUUUCAAUACUUUAAUCCCCGCCUUGUCAGCUUUUUAGUUAGUCCUUAAGUCUCAUUUGGCAAUCCCAUUGACAUCCCAACAAAACAGUGAUUAUAAAUUCAGCCAUUUGGCAUUCUAAUAUGAACUUGAGCAAACAUUUUCAAUAUUGCCCAUCACUAAUAUCCCAAAAGCCAACUUUAUGAAAAGGGUUAGCAGCAAAUUACACUGACAUUUGUGAGAAAUGAUGGAUCGAGUGCUACCCACCUGCGUGUUAGUCUCAGUUUUGUUGUUUCUUUUUGUGAUGGCGCGUUCUGAGGAAGAAGAAGUGAAGCAGGCGCUAGUCCGCUUCAUGGAAAAACUCGCUCCCGGGAACACAGUAAUAGGUCAAACUUUCGGUUGGGAUGUGAAAACAGACCCUUGCUCCGGCAAAUGGCAAGGUGUUACCUGUGAUAGCCAGUCACAAUCUGUGAAAAAGAUAGUUCUUGAUGAGCGCAAUCUAACCGGAGUUCUUGAUGCCCUUUCUCUUUGCACAACUAGCUCUCUUCUCGUCCUGAGCCUAAAUGACAACGAUAUUGGUGGACACAUCCCAAAUGAGAUAUCGAAUUGCCAAAAUCUAACCCACUUAUACCUAAGUGGGAAUCGCUUCUCAGGCAAUCUUCCGGUCAGUCUCCCCCAAUUAAGUAACUUAAAAAGGCUCGAUUUUUCUAAAAAUGGCUUAUCCGGUCAGGUCCCUCCUAAUCUCUCCAAAGUCUCUGGCAUGCUAUCUUUUCUUGUCCAGGACAAUCAGUUAAGUGGUGAAAUACCAAAAUUUGACUUCUCAAAUCUAGCCCAGUUCAAUGUCUCCAACAACAAUUUUAGCGGUGCAAUUCCUGAUGUCAAAGGUCGUUUCAACACAAGUAGCUUUUUGGGUAAUCCUGGAUUAUGUGGAUUACCAUUGUCAGACCUAUGUCCACUGUCUCCACCGGCGAAAAAAUUCUCAACCAAACAGUUACGUGUCUACUCAGGCUAUGCUAUAAUUGGAUUCUUUGUUGUUGUGGUCACUGUUGCCCUCAAGUUGUCCAAGAAAAAAAGGCACGUGGUUGACAAGACUGGUGCUGAAGAGGGGAGAGAAUUACAAGAUAAUAGUGACAACAAGAUUAGUGGUACAUCGAGCGAGUCCAAGACCGGAGAGUUUGCAUAUAGGUCGGAGUAUUCGAUAACAUCUUUUGAAAACGGGGCAGCUGCAUCUCCUCUUGUGGUUCUUUCGAGUCCAGUGGUGAACGGUUUGAAGUUUGAGGAAUUGCUUCAAGCCCCAGCUGAGUUGGUUGGGAGAGGGAAACAUGGAAGCUUGUAUAAGGUCAUGCUUGAUGGUGGGGUGACAUUGGCUGUGAAGAGGAUCAAAGAUUGCGGGAUUCAAAAGGAGGAUUUCAAGAUGAGGAUGGAGAGGAUAGACCAAGUGAAGCACCCAAAUGUGUUGCAUGCCUCGGCUUAUUAUUGUUCAAAGCAAGAGAGGUUGUUGGUUUAUGAAUUUCAGCAGAAUGGCAGCCUCUUCAACCUUCUUCAUGGAUCUCAAAAUAGCCAAUUAUUUGACUGGGGAAGCAGAAUCAGAAUUGCAGCCAUCACUGCACAAGCUCUAGCUUUUAUGCACGACGAGCUUCAUGAUGAUGGGAUUGCUCAUGGAAACCUAAAAUCCUCCAACAUAUUGCUCGACAAAGACAUGUAUCCACGCAUUAGUGAGUACGGCCUAAUGGUGGUAGAAAAUCAUCAAGACCAAUCACCACUCCUUUCCCAAACCAAAAAUAGUUUCAAACACAACAAUCCAAAUGGCGGUUGUGCAUAUAGCACCUUCAAAGUCGAUGUUUACGGCUUUGGUGUGAUUCUUCUCGAGAUGCUAACAGGGAAACUAGUCCAGAAUAAGGGGUUUGAUUUGGCUAAUUGGGUCAACUCAGUGGUCAGAGAGGAAUGGACAGUUGAAGUCUUUGAUAGGACUCUCAUCUCAGAAGGCGCGAGCGAGGAGAGAAUGGUAAAUUUGCUGCAGGUAGCUUUGAAGUGCAUAAAUCCAUCUCCUGAUGCGAGGCCAUGCAUUAAUCAAGUGGCUACAAUGAUAAACAUUAUUAAAGAAGAAGAAGAGAAGUCCCUAAGCUUUGAACCAUGAAGCAUUUAGAAGACAAACAAUUUGAUGGAUGGUCCAUGAAAUUUGUUUUAGUAAAACUGAUUGCACAGAAUUCAUUCGCAGAAUGAUUCACAUAUUAUAUAUAAGAAGGUGAGUCUCACAUGUAGAACCCAUUUGUGUACCUCAUUAUCUUGUAUUAGUCUGUAAAUCAUAUUAUGAAUGACUUCUGCGCAUAUAGCACAACUCAAUUUAUUUAUGUCUAGCUAUAGAAUUAGAGAGAGGUUUACUGCUUGUUUGUAUGGAAGACAAUUUUUAUAUUAGAUAUAUUUUUUCAAGUUUAUUGAAUAA